AUGUGCGAACCGCCGACGACCCCGACAUCUGCACCUAUCCACGCGACUCCGGUGAUGCCACCACCCACGAAGGCUCCCGUUGAGACGCCGGCCCGCCAAGUUGCCGUUGGGAAGAAGAAGGCAGACAACCAGCCAGGAUGUCUCGAUAGUCCAGAACGUAUCGUGGCAAGCCUGCUAGCUGCGGGCGAUUGCGGUGCCACGGGUUCGAGUCCCAGCUACGGCAAGAGACAAUUUACCGCCCUGUCCACCGUUCUGUUCGCACUUGUGUGCUGCACUGCUCUCGCCUGGUACCCCACCUACAACUACGGACAUGGUGCUGGUUACCAUGGAGUCGCUGGUCUCCACGGAAUCGGCGGUCUCCAUGGAGCCGCUGGUCUCCACGGACUCGCUGGCUAUGGUGGCCCCGUUUACGGACAUGCCGGAUAUGGUUACGGAUACCCAGGCUAUGGUUACGGAUACAGACACGGGCUCGGAGCUGGACUUGGUUUCGCUGGACACGGACACGGACUCGGAUUCGGAGCACAUGGACUUGGACUAGGCGCCCGAGGACUUGGAUUCGACGCACGUGGACUUGGAUUUGGAGGACGUGGAUUUGGAUUCGGAGGACGAGGACUGGGAUACGGACACGCUCUGUACCACUGA